GCCAAAUACCUGGUGAAUAUUUAAACAACUGACAGGCUGCUCGUGUCGUCCAGCUGACUGCUAUAUAGCUAAAUUGUCCGCGAAAUCCACAAGGCCUCUAACACAGAUCAUCAUGUCUGCUACCUCUCCCAACGCUACUUUCACAGAAGGCCACGUUCCCUACGUCGUCAAUGGGGAGACCCUUAAAACCUACUACAAGCUCUUUGGCUCGCUCAAGGGCUCGACGAAGCGCCCUCUCCUCGUGUUACACGGAGGCCCUGGAAUGUCCCACGACUACCUCCUCCCCAUCUCAGACCUCUCCCUCGCCCCGUAUUCACGCCCCGUGCUGUUCUAUGACCAGGUCGGGAACGGCAAAUCGACUCAUCUCCGCGAGAAACCGAAAGAAUUCUUCACAGUCGACCUGUUCGUGAACGAGCUGACCAACCUUAUCACCCACCUCAAAAUCAACGAGUAUGACCUUCUCGGCCACAGCUGGGGUGGGAUGCUUGCUUCGGAAACCGAAGUGAGGUUGCAUCCCAAGGGGCUGAAGAGCAUGGUUUUGACCGAUACGCUUUCCCAGACGAAACUCUGGGGAAUGAGUACUAUGCAGCUCGUCGGGGCACUCGGUGAUCCAUCCAUCAACGCUGGGAUGGCGGCUGGGUUUGGUGAUCCGGUUAAGUACCGAGCUGCGUUGGAGAAGCUCCAUGCAGUUCAUGGGUGCCGAGUUUCGCCAGUCCCGAAGGAGGUUACGUUUGGUGUCUUGGAUCAGAUCUUUGGAGACAAGGAAACUGGGGAGGGUGGCGAUCCGACUGUGAGCAUCAACAUGUUUACCGGUGCUAUCGCUGGAUGGUCAAUCGAUGACCGCCUGAAAGAGGUCACAGUCCCCACGUUCGUGAUCAACGGUAGAUACGACAUGGCACAGGACUUUGUUUGCGAGGCCUACUUUUGGAAGGUCACGAAGGCCAAGACUAAGUGGUACACAUUUUCGGAGUCGAGUCACACCCCGAUGUGGGAGGAGAGGGAUAAGUAUAUGAAAGUUAUUACUGAGUGGCUCGACCACAUCUAG